GCGCGAUACAGGAAACAACUACCGCAACUCACAUCCACCUCACACAAUACCGCAAUCAUGUCUGACCUCUCUGUCGAGAUUGAGACGCCAACUGGCAAGUACACUCAGCCAACCGGACUCUUCAUCAACAACGAGUGGGUGAAGGGUGUCGACGGCCGCACAUUCGAGACCAUCAACCCCGCCACCGAGGAGGUCAUCACCUCCGUCCACGAGGCCUCCGAGAAGGAUGUAGACAUCGCCGUCGCCGCUGCCCGCAAGGCAUUCGAGGGACCAUGGAGACGUGAGACCCCCGAGAACCGCGGAAAGCUCCUCCACAAGCUCGCCGACCUCUUCGAGAAGAACCUUGACACCCUCGCCUCCGUCGAAGCGCUCGACAACGGCAAGGCCGUCUCCAUGGCCAAGGUCGACGUCAGCAUGUGUGUCGGAACCCUCCACUACUACGCCGGCUGGGCCGACAAGAUUGAGGGCAAGGUCGUCGAUACCAACCCAGACCACUUCAACUACAUCAAGAAGGAGCCAAUUGGUGUCUGUGGACAGAUCAUUCCAUGGAACUUCCCACUUCUCAUGUGGUCGUGGAAGAUUGGCCCAGCUAUUGCUGCUGGUAACACCGUUGUCCUCAAGACCGCCGAGCAGACUCCUCUGUCCGCUCUUGUUGCCGCCAACCUCAUCAAGGAGGCCGGCUUCCCACCAGGUGUCAUUAACGUCAUCUCUGGUUUCGGAAAGGUCGCCGGUGCCGCCAUCUCCACCCACAUGGACGUCGACAAGGUCGCCUUCACUGGUUCGACCGUUGUUGGCCGCACCAUCCUCAAGGCUGCCGCUGGCUCCAACUUGAAGAAGGUCACCCUCGAGCUUGGUGGCAAGUCGCCCAACAUUGUCUUUGACGAUGCCGACAUUGACAACGCCAUCUCCUGGGUCAACUUUGGUAUCUUCUUCAACCACGGCCAGUGCUGCUGUGCUGGAUCUCGUGUCUACGUUCAGGAGGGUAUCUACGAUGAGUUCGUCAAGCGCUUCAAGGAGCGUGCGUCGAAGAACGUUGUUGGUGACCCAUUCGCCAAGGAUACCUUCCAGGGUCCUCAGGUGUCCAAGGUCCAGUUCGACCGCAUCAUGGACUACAUCAAGGCCGGAAAGGAGGCCGGUGCCAACGUCGAAAUCGGCGGUAACCGCAAGGGAGACAAGGGCUACUUCAUCGAGCCAACCAUCUUCUCCAACGUCACCGAGGACAUGAAGAUCGUCCAGGAGGAGAUCUUCGGCCCAGUCUGCUCUAUCUCCAAGUUCAAGACUGAGGAGGAGGUCAUCAAGCUCGGUAACGCCACCACCUACGGUCUCGCCGCCGCUGUCCACACCACCAACCUCAACCGCGCCAUCAACGUUUCCAACGCAUUGAAGGCCGGUACUGUCUGGGUCAACACAUACAACACGCUCCACCACCAAUUGCCAUUCGGAGGUUACAAGGAGUCCGGUAUUGGUCGCGAGCUCGGAGAAGAUGCUCUUGCCAACUACACGCAGACCAAGACCGUCAACAUCAGACUCGGAGACGCUCUCUUCGGUUAGAAGAAAGUGUGGGAUAAUUGAUGAUGUUUGUCUCUUCGUUGUAUCUACGUAUGAGUAUGAAGCUUAUGAGAUAAUUGAAAUGAAAAAAAGUUUC